UGCCUUAACCCGGAACACUAACACCAAUUUUUACACGCAGACAAGCUGAUUGGCGUAACGAUGAGCUCGGCCAGAGUGAUGGUUUGCGCCAUGGCUUUCGUUCUGGCGUGCUUGGCAGCCAUGCCGCCUGCAUCCGCAGCCUUGGGAGACGGAGGGAUACUGUAUAUCCCGUCCGCCGACUCUAUAGCUCACUGCCCCUCCAGCUGCGGGGACGUCAAGAUCUUCUACCCCUUCGGCAUAGGGGCGGGCUGCUUCCGGCAAGGCUUCGAGGUUACCUGCGACAACACCACUCAACCUCCAAAGCUGUUUCUGAUGAAUAACAGCACAACUGAGAUCACGUGGAUAGAUGAUGAUGGGUUUGUUGAGGUCCCUAUGUUCUUCAACAGUUCCUUUGGACCAGGUAGAAACAAUAUGUCUUGGGAGUGGGAGGCUCCCGCUAAGGGUAUUACUAUUACCAGUAGAGAUAACGAUUUCUUUGUCCUUGGAUGUGACUUUGAUGUCAACUUGUUCGAUUAUGAGAGAAACCCUGUCGGCUCCUGCAUGAGUAGGUGCCACGGGGGGGUAUUGCCAACUCGAGGGCCUUGCAACGGGAUUGGUUGCUGUUUCAUCAGUUUACGGAAUGCCAUGUCAGGCUUUCAGGCAACAUUUUCUCGGGCUGAUGGUAUGGCAGGACAAUCAUCUGCAAGUUCUAUGUACCCUCGCAUCAUGGCUUUCAUAUCAGAUGUCGGUGAGUAUUAUUUCACGCAAAACAUGACUGACCUUUUAUUGGGUUGGACAAACACAAGAAAGAUCGAUGGUGCUGUUGUUGAGGUUGCCAUCACGGAUCAACCAAGCUGCGAAAGCGCGCGAAUGAACAGCGCAAGUUAUGCUUGUGCCACCAACAGCAUUUGUAGAAAUGCGUCAUCAUAUGGGGGUUACUACUGUUACUGCUCCCGUUAUUCUUAUUCCGACCAGGGCGGCAAUCCUUACCUUUCCGAAGGUUGCACGCAAGGAGAUUACAACCCCGAGUCUACAGAACACUGCCGGAGGUCAUGUGGAAACAUGAACAUUUCCUUCCCUUUUGGGUUCGAAGAAGGUUGUUUUGGAAACGAAAAGUUCCGACUUAAUUGUACAGCAGCAGGUGACACGCUUUUUAGCACAGGAGAUAUACAGUACCGCGUGACUGGUAUCUCAAUAGAAGAUGGAACUUUGAAUGUAAGAAACAUGCUAAGCAAUGCGAGCACUGGAAAAGAAGAGAUAAUAGUUUCGACUGACGAGAGCGGAGGUAUGGACGUCAGCGGCCCCGUGGAAGAUCGACUUGAUUUUUCUAUGGAAUAUGUCGACAUUGUCAUAAGAUGGGCGGUUACCAAUUCAACUUGUGAACAAGCUUUGCAGAAUAUUACUAAGUAUGCAUGCCGCAGUGAAAAUAGUUCUUGCCUAAACGUGACCCAUGGGAAAAUAUUUAUGGGGUAUCGUUGCAAGUGUUCUCCUGGCUUCAAAGGAAACCCGUACAUACAGGAAGGCUGCACAGAUAUUGAUGAAUGCUCACUGCCAAACUACUGCAAUGGUAUAUGCCGAAACACGCCUGGAAGCUAUGAAUGCUCAACUAAGCAACGUAAUCUCCUUUUGGGUAUUGCAAUUGGAAUCAGUUGUGGCCUUGGCUCCAUAAUUGUCGCAUUGGGUGUAACUGUACUUGCCAGUAAGUGGAAAAGGGGCAUUCAGAAGAGAAUUAGAAGAGCACAUUUCAAGAAAAAUCAAGGCCUGCUAUUGGAGCAAUUGAUCUCUGAUGAAAGCACCACAAGCAAAACUAAAAUAUUCUCAUUGGAGGAACUAGAGGAGGCAACAAACAACUUUGAGGCUACUCGUGUUCUUGGUCGUGGAGGACAUGGCACGGUUUAUAAAGGGAUUCUAUCUGACCAACGUGUGGUGGCCAUAAAAAAAUCCAAAAUAGUGGAACAAAUAGAGGUAGACCAGUUUAUCAAUGAGGUUGUUAUUUUGUCUCAAAUCAUCCAUCGCAAUGUGGUGAAACUGUUUGGUUGCUGCCUAGAAGAUGAGGUGCCCAUGCUUGUCUAUGAGUUCAUUUCUAAUGGCACUCUGUAUGAACUUCUUCACUCUGAUACUACAGUAAAAUGCUUGCUUUCAUGGGAUGAUCGCAUUAGGAUUGCAAUGGAAGCAGCAGGGGCACUUGCUUAUCUACACUCAGCUGCUACAAUACCAAUUUUCCACAGAGAUGUUAAGUCUUCAAAUAUACUCUUGGAUGACAACUUCACCACAAAGGUCUCAGACUUUGGUGCUUCAAGAUCUCUUUCGCUUGAUGAGACUCAUGUGGUUACGAUUGUCCAAGGUACAUUCGGCUACUUGGACCCAGAGUACUAUCAUACUGGUCAGCUUACUGAAAAGAGUGAUGUAUAUAGUUUUGGAGUAAUACUUGUUGAACUUUUGAUAAGGAAGAAGCCAAUUUUUAUCGAUGAUUUAGGUGCUAAACAAAGCCUAUCACAUUACUUCAUUGAAGGACUUCAUGCAGGGUCCCUUGUAGAAAUACUGGAUAAACAAGUUGUGGAAGAGGCAGACCAGGAAGAGAUUAAUGAAAUCGCCUUACUUACAGAAGCAUGCUUAAGGGUCAAAGGAGGAGACAGACCGACUAUGAAAGAAGUCGAGAUGAGGUUUCAAUUUCUAAGAACAAAGAGACUUAGAAAAGGUUUAGCUGAAAAAGAUGCAGAUAUUGAGCCUUUGUUAUGCCCACAAGAUAAGAACUUAUAUGGGCAUAUCGAUCUUGUCAAUGCUGGGAGCUCUGGGUGCUACAGUUUGGAGCAAGAAUUUGCAUCUUUGCCACGCUAAUUACAUUUGUGCAAGAUAACCGAUGGCUUGCUUGGAUGUUGAAUAUAAUGCAUCUGAGGUAUCAUGUAUUUUAUUGAAGAUUCACAUUAUAUUAGUUUCCUUUCGAUGAUACUAUAUCACAUAGAUGCAUUUCACGUGUACAAUAUAUUGUAGACCGCGACUGUUGUAUACUUUUUAUAUUUGUACAUAAGUUACAGUAC